AGUCCGUGAACUUCGAGAUUUGACCUGGUUUAAAGUUGAUCUGAUCACCAUCUGAGUACAUACAGGACACACACACAGCUGCGUGGUUCAGAAUGAAUAGUUUCAUUUUUAAGAAGUCUCUAGAUUACUAAUAGUUUUCUCACUAGAUCUUGGAGUAUUUGAAUUGAUUCACUUUAACAUUGUGUGGAGUUAUUGUCGGUUCCUCCGAUGGAUCUUCCAACACAGAUCAGAGUUUUAAUCGUGUCUCUGACUGCUCCAUUUAUUCUCUACACAAUUAACCGGGUCUCCUUGUUACAAGAUUCACAGAUUUUAUUGGCGAUUGGAAUUACGGUUCUUACAACAGUAUUGCUCCUGGCAAAGCUCCAUGUCAAGAGAAUACCCACUGCUGACCCUCUCUUCUAUGUGUUUGCUGUGUUUUCCUUCACCUCUGUGGUUGGUAUCACCAACACUUUGCAGCAGGAUGGAUAUAUCAAAGGAUUUAUGGACUUUUACGUUAGCAAGGCUGAACCAUACCUGAGUUCUGCCCAUUGCAUCAUGAUGGGAUACUGGGAUGGAGUUGUUCAUUAUGGUCUGCUUCUCCUCAUGCUCCAUCUGAUGAGCACGGGAAAGUCUUUUCGCAGUCUGGCUCUUGUGUGGGCGGGAUCCAUAGUAGCCAAUCAGAUCAUCUUAAUCGUGGGCAUUCUAGUCGGUAAAUAUGGAAAGAACCUCCAGUCUGCUCUCUGGAGAAAUGCUCCUUUCUUAGUUUUAUCCAUAUGGGCGGCAGCAAAGCUUCUCAAUAGGCCGAGAGAGCUCUCCAUCAUUCCGGCUGACAAGGUGGAGGCUCAACAGAAGAAAGGGCUUCUGUCUCGACCUGUAGAUCUUCUGCUUACACUGGCUCUCCUGGGAUCUGUGAUCUUCACUGUCUUCAGAGGAUUAGUUGUUCUAGAAUGUUCACUGGACUGGUGUUUCUCUUACAUCUAUCAGUAUGAGCCAUACAUGAAAGACAAUGUGGGAUUUCCUAAAGUAACAAUGUUGCUGUUUCUGUUCUAUGCUCUUCCACUCCUGACAGCGUGUGUGUAUGGUCUACUGACCCCUGGAUGUAUCUGGAUGUUGGAUUGGACGCUGGUUAUUGCAGGAGCUAUGGCUCAGACGCAGUGGACUCACAUCGGAGCGUCCGUUCACUCACGCACCCCUUUUACCUACCGUGUCCCUAAAGACGAGUGGCGUCUGGUCAUGACCCUGAACCUGUUAUACGCUGUGGUGCCCGUUCUCCUUGCUGUCCGCUGCUACGUGGACCAGGCAUUCUUCAUGAAGAACGUUCCGCUGGGACAAACCAGCAAUGGCAAGAAGAUGAAGUAGUACGAUAAAAGAACAUUCUGAAGGAUUUCAUACAACAUGUGAUGGAGAAACAUCCACAGGAUGAGAUGCUUGAAAUAAGAGCGUACCAGAGGAGCUAGUCUGAACGGAAACUUUAUUCAUAGUGUUAGUAUGUUUUUCAAAUUAUAAGUGUUCGAUAUUGAACAUAUCGAGUUUUUCCUCUAUUUUUGUCUGCUGUGGUUACAAAACUACAGUUAGCAAUCAUUUCUACUAUGAAUUUAAAGGGAUUCAUGUAAUUUCAUACCAGUAUAAAUUACUGCUGAACACGUAGAAAGAUAUUUGGAAGAAUGUCAGCAAUUUUCAGUUCUGGGACAUCAUUGACUACCAAAGUAGGAAAUGGUAGUCAAAGGUGUCCCUGAACUGAAUUUCCUAAAAUAAUUUUCUUUUAAUUAAUUUAAUUUAAUUCUUUUAAUAUCUAAUUUUGUGUUCAAACAACAUUUCCAUCCUGGUACAAUCCUUCUUAAUUGGUCCUUUAUUUUUGUUAAAACAGGCUUAUUAUUGUGAAACCUUUAAACUGAUGUCAAUCUGUGCACUCAUGGCUUAUCAUUCGACAGUAAAUGAGUCAUUGAGUGAAGUAAAUCUGGACUCAGACCCGGUUUGUGUAUGUGAUGACAUCAGCAUGUGUUGUAAUGAUGGAGUGUGUAGUAGAUUGUGUUUCAGAAUCAUUUUAUUACUCUACAUUAGUAACAUAUUUAUCUGAUUGGUUAGCUAACAAAAUGAAAUCAAAAACAGAAUUUUCUCACACAACAACUUUGUGUUCUCAACAACGUUCAUGAGAUUUAUCCCUUUUUUUGUACAUGUUCGUUUUUUACAAUCCUGUGUUCUAUGACAAAAUAUAUUUCAAACG